ACUCUAUACGACGCGUCGUAUCAACAUUCGUGAAUCUUCUCCACUCUCUCUCUCUCUCUCUAGAUUUCAAAUUUGUUACCUCAAUCAAAAUGGGAAUCUGUGUGUCGUUUCAUCGGAAAGACUCAAAUUCUUCGCCGACGGUGAAGAUCGUGACGGUUAACGGCGACCUACGUGAAUACAAUGUUCCGGUGAUAGCAUCUCAAGUUUUGGAAGCUGAAUCGGCGGCAGCUUCGUCUUCCUCUAGAUCUUCUUCUUAUUUCAUCUGUGAUUCAGAUUCUCUCUACUAUGACGAUUUCAUUCCGGCGAUCAAAUCGGAAGAACCGCUUCAGGCGGACCAGAUCUACUUCGUUCUUCCGAUCUCUAAACGUCAGAAUCGUUUAACGGCGUCGGACAUGGCGGCUCUCGCCGUUAAAGCAAGCGUCGCGAUACAAAACUCUGUUAAGAAAGAAUCUCGUCGGCGAAAGAAGGUGAGAAUCUCUCCGGUUAUGAUGUUGACGGGGUCUAAUGAUUCCCUUAACGGAAAUGGAAGUGAAACGACGGUUAAGAAGGGACGGCCGUUAGUGAGUAAAACUGCGCCGUUUAAAGCUUCGAGUGGUUAUAACCGGUCCGGUUCGGUUCGUAAUUUGAGGAGAUACACGUCUAAGCGAGCUAAGCUGGCGGUUCGAUCUUUUAGGCUGAAACUUUCGACGAUCUACGAAGGCUCCGUCGUUUAGAUUUAUUUAUUUAUUAAGUUGCUUUCAAUUUUUGAGGAACAAAUAAAUUAGCAAAACAAAAAUGAAAACAAUAUUAGAAGAAGCAUAAUUAUUAUUACUAUUUUUUUGUUUUGUUACAAACUGAUGAUAUAGUUUCCACCAUCAAGCAAACAUUGUAUAUUUCUUAUUAUACUUUUUUUUUUUUUUUUCUCAUUUCUUAUUAUACUUUUGAUUGUGUAUUUUGGUCAUGUACCAUAGACUAGUAAUCGUAUAUGUUUACCAACAGAGUUAUGUAUGAUUGAUGAUGUUUCUCUA